AUGAAUCCGCGAGCAUCAGAACGCCUCUUGGAUGCGUCUUCUAAGGGGCAACAGUCACGAGAACUCACCGGGUUCCUCGGCGUCUUCACUCAGACUCUUCUACCUAGUCCCGUCACGCAAUGGAUACUCCCAGCGAGGCUCCGAAACAGGAAUCACAACGAUGUUGUCUUUGUGGGACAGCGACGUGUCCAGAUCAAACAGGCUACCGUGGGUGGGUUCCUCGAAGAUGUGCUUGAAAAGACCGACUUUACCGGCUCCAUUGUCGGGGCCAAAGUCCUUAAUGUCAGCACCCAGCUACCCUGGGAGUCACAACUACAAACUCGUGAUCCAUCCGCCAGAAAUUACAUCACUCCGGAAGUCCUAGAAAUGCUCCCUUCUCAAAUCCUUGUUCUCUCGCUGGAAAUGAAACAACUUGUUUUCCUGUGCUGUUCGCCUUCUUCGCCAGGGGAGUUCAUCACCUAUCGUCGACCACUUCCAAUUGAUGUCAACUUACCCGAGAAAUUCGGAAAGCACAUUGCUGUCGAUCCAAAGUCUCGUGCUAUCGCAAUCAGUGCUUCAAGCAAUUACUUCGGAUUUUUGCGGCUCAAAUCCUCUCGAGAAAUUCAACUUCAGCUCGCUCAAGACCGUUUAGACCCAAUUCAAAAAGAAACCUUCUACAGGUGUGAGGGAAUCAUCAUGUUUAUGGAGUUUCUCUAUCCAAAGAGUGUGACCGAUAAGCAAAUUAUCUUGCUUAUCAUUCUGGUCAGGUCGGGGGUAACUUAUGGCUCAGUCUAUGAAUGGCAGGAGGAUCAAGACCAUGCAAUCGACCCACCACAGCACUUCGAGUUCAAGCUGCCCAGACCCGAUAGAAUGCCAGCCAUGAUCGCACCUCUGACCAAGGAGUCUUCGUUCUUGGUCAUUACCACGACCGGCAUGGCGGUUUACUCUGUGAACAACUAUGUUCGACCCGCACGGUAUCCCCUGAUUGCCCCAAGUAAGGAAGUGGCAGAAGCACCUCUAUGGACUCGCUGGGCGAGACCUGCACGCAACUGGCUUUAUAGUCAGAAAUACGACGGAAUUUACCUUUGCCGCGAAGACGGCUGGACGUACUAUCUCGAAUUUUCCAACGAGGGCGAACUUGAACUCACAACCAGCCUGGGCCAACUUCAUUUCCAUGUUGACCUGGCAUUUGAUGUCCUUGAUAUGGGCCAUGAGGGUGGCGAUUUCAUCAUGGCGGCGGGGAGUAUGGGUGACGGCGGUCUAUACAAAUUGGAGGCGAGGAAACCACCCAUAUGCGAACAACGAUUUCUCAACUGGGCCCCAGUCACCGAUGCAGUCAUGAUACGCUCGGAUGCCCAAUCUACGCCACGUCAACAGGUCUCUCGAGAUCGUCUAUUCUUCACAGGCAUUAGAAACCUGUGGGCAAUAACGGACGACCUUAAUGGCGGUGUUUACAUUCUGAUUACCGAUCCUGUGUUUACCUUGCUUCUCUAUCUGACUCCAGAAGGAGACAUCGGCGCCCUUGAUGAGAGUGAGACGGGGCUGGAUACUACUGAGACGCUAGCAACUGGCUGCACCCCUGAGGGUGUUAUUGUCCAGGUCACUGAAAAUGCGACACAUCUGUUCGUGCCUCCAAAUCUGGCAUUGAAUUCCCGGCUCCCGCACAAGGCUGGCACUUCUAUUCUGGCAGUCGAUGUCGACGGUCCGAACUCAUCCAUGGUAACUGCCUUACGACGGAAUGGCAUUCUAAGCCUCUCUUUUGCGAAAGUAAUUGUGAAGGACGACGAAGUCUACCCAGAAGUUGGGCCGGCACUCAAUAUUGAAUUUGAGCCCAUUUGUCUAUCGCUUGAAAAAUUUGGAGACAUGAUGUUUGUCUUCGUGGGUUCUGGGUGUGGUACAUUGAGGGUCUUCCGCGUUGAGAAUGGGCUCAUCACAUUCUUCUGCCAGACGACAGUCAAUGUGGGCGACAGUGAUGACAUCUCGCGAGCAAUUGACAGUCUUGCUGCCAUUCGCGUGACCUUGGAUGGCACCCUGCACGCUUUCUUGCUGUGCGGUCUACGAAGUGGAAUUCUUGUCCCUUUCCAAGUAGAUUUUGAGGGUUCUUCCCUGAUCACCCUCGUCCAACAAGAGCCCAAACGAAUUGGAACCACAUCUCUCCGGGUACAGAGCAAAGAUACAUUCGCGCUACUCGUGUGUGGAGACGAGCUUUGGCGGGUUACAUAUCCCCUCGACGGGCCUCCAUGGGGUUGCAUUUUACAUAGGGUCUGGAUCACAGAACAGAACAAUCCUGCGUACUUCCCCAUCAAGCUCUAUGGCUGUGGACUCCUUAGCUCGCAAGCUUCAGCACUGGGGAACCUUUUCUGUUUCGCAGACGGAGAGCUUUUGAUCUGCCAUUUGUACAAGGGGCCUAAGAUGAUUCCUCGGCGCAUUGGCUUGCCUGGCACCGCCACCAAAAUGACGUAUUCAGAACAUCUUCGAAGACUCCUUGUAUCCUACAGUAUCAGCAAUGUGGAGGAUCCUUCGGCCCCAAACCACGUCACAACACGUUCGUACAUUGAAUGUGUGGAUCCCGAUUCACAGCAUGCUGUCGUACAUUGGGAAGACUCGAAUCCGAUGAACCCCGGAAAUCCUCAGAGCGCCCCAGGCGAGACAAUCAGUUCCAUCCUGGACUGGUCGUUUGAAAAGAAUGGUCAUAAGUACCAUCUCAUAGUGCUUGGCACCUCACUCCCAGCACUGGAUGCAGAAGGUGCUCAGGGUCGGGUCAUCAUCAUGAACGCGAAUCGUGAUCCAUCUGACCCAUCCCGUAGAAAGUUCACAACUAAGUAUGUACACGAUGUGAGCGGCCCCGAUUAUGGCCCUGUGCGUGCAAUAGCACCUUUCCGAGACAGUCUGAUUGUCGGGGCAGGGAAGAUGAUAUUUCCAGUGACAGCUCGCAGUGCGGAGACUAGAUGGGUUCGCGAUACCUCCAAAAAGCUCCCUUCUGCAGCAGUCGCAAUCACCGUCUAUGGGUCAUUCGUGUUCGUGACCACCGCACGCCACGGAUUCAUGAUCUUUGAAGUGAUUGAUGGGACGUUGAAGACGCGCGAAUGGGACGACAUGCAGCGCGAUGGCAUAGCCCACUACAUUUGCCCGGGUCGCACACCUUUGGCAUUCAUGGCCAGCCGUGGCGGAGGUGUCCGCGUCUCCAAGCUAGGAAAAGAUCCCGAUGGCAUGGGCUCUGUCUCCCAUCCGGCAGAGAUCCGCCUAUCAGAUACGAUCAUUCGCUUCGUUCUCGACUCCAUGAACGAGCUUACACCAAUGACACCCUGGCAACGAGGAUCGUCCAUGUUCGGAUUUGCACUCAAUGGUGCAGUGUACAGAUUCUCUUUACUAAGGAAGAACGAGCUACAGCUCCUUUGGCUGUUGCAGAACAUGUGUCUCAGAGACCCAGUUCUAUGUCCAUCUGCACUUCCGCGUGAGAGGCGCACCAAUUCUCUGUGGGGAGAGGCCCACGGUAACAACCGCCAUAUUGAUGGAGACAUCCUUGCCCGUCUUGCCCAGCAUGAUCCGGGAUAUCUUGAGCAAAUGAUUUUAAGGCUUGACACUGCUCGUAAGGCGGAGUUCUUUGGUUCCCACGUUCGGGAACUAGCCCAGGAGGUGCUUGGAGAGUCAUGGAAUUAUGACCGAUACAUUGUGCAUUGGCUCCGUACCCUGCUGCAGGUGCAGUUUUGA